AUGUUGACGGUAGCAAAAGGACCAACAACUUACGAGGAAAUCAGGACAGUGGGUAACAUCCAGUUUGAUAUAUUUAGAGAUGCGUGCUUUGCAAUGGGAUUUCUUGAAGACGACAAAGAAUACAUAGCUGCUAUAAAGGAGGCAAGUCAUUGGGGGACAGGUCAUUUUCUUCGAAAACUGUUUGUCGUCAUGCUUUUGUCAGGUGCUGUUAAUUGCCCUGCACAUGUUUGGGAACAAUCUUGGCUCCUAUUAUUUGAUGGUGUCUUACAUGCACAAAGAGCGUUGGCUGCAAAUCCAGAAUUAGUCCUCACACAAGAAGAGUUACAAAAUUUGACUUUAAUAGAAAUUGAGAAACUGCUUCAAGCAAAUAGAAGGACACUAAAGGAUUUUAGUCCUAUUCCAUAUCUGAAUGCUUAUGUUCUUGAACAGUUGGGAAACAGACUCAUAUAUGAUGAGCGUAAUUACGAUACAACAUCAAUGAACUCGAAAUUUGAAAAUCUGUUUGCUGCUCUUACAGAUGAGCAAAGAGGUAUUUAUGAAAAAAUUAUGCAAGCUGUGGAGUCUCAGAAUCCUGCCGUUUUCUUCCUUCAUGGUUAUGGUGGUACCGGAAAGACAUAUGUGUGGAGAACACUCACAGCAACUUUAAGAUCAAAACAUGAUACAUGUUUAACUGUUGCAACUAGUGGUAUAGCAUCUUUGUUACUUCCAGGAGGUAGAACUGCACAUUCAAAGUUCAGGAUACCGGUACCAACUAUGGACAAUUCUACUUGCAAGGUUGAAUUCAACGAUGAUGUUGCAGACAUGCUACGACAGACAAAGCUUAUAAUAUGGGAUGAGGCACCAAUGGCACGUAAGUAUGCAAUAGAAUCGCUUGACAGAACUUUGAAAGAUGUUAUGAGUGCAAACAAAAAUUCCAGCGAUGUAUUUGGUGGAAAGGUUGUUGUUUUCGGUGGUGAUUUUAGACAUAUUUUGCCUGUCAUCCCCAGAGGCAGUCGUUCCGAUAUUGUACACUGUGCCAUAAAUGCAUCUUACAUAUGGCAUUCAGUUGAGACUGAUAAAAAUGAAAUAGCACAGUUUUCAGAUUGGCUUUUAAGAAUAGGAGAGGGCCGGAUAUCUGAGCCUAAUGACGGCACCGCCAAAAUCGACAUACCACCUGAUAUUUUAAUAACAGAAUUUGAUGAUCCAAUUGUGGCCAUUGUCAAUACCACAUACCCUGAUUUCAUAAAUAAUUUCCAAUCCGUUAAUUACCUUAAAAGUCGAGCAAUACUGGCCUCUACACUGGAGAUCGUUGAUCAGAUCAAUGACCAUAUAUUUAACUUAAUGCCAGGAGAAAUUCGUGACUACUACAGCGCAAAUUCAGUUAACAAGUCUGAGAUUCAUGACCCAACAGUAGUUGAUAUCCUCACGCCAGAAUUUCUAAGUUCCCUCCGAACAUCAGGUUUGCCUAACCAUCACUUAAAACUAAAGGUUGGGACACCUAUAAUGCUCAUGAGAAACAUAGAUCAAUCUGAAGGUUUGUGUAACGGCACAAGGCUGUGCAUAACAAAGAUGGCAGCCCAUGUACUCGAGGCUUCAAUAAUGGGCGGUAAAGGUUUGGGAAAUUUGGUUUACAUACCUCGAAUGGACAUGUCACCAUCCCAAUCACCAUGGCCAUUCAAACUGAAUAGAAGACAGUUCCCUAUUAUAGUUUCCUAUUCUACGACAAUCAACAAAUCACAGGGACAGUCAUUGGAUAACAUCGGUUUGUACUUACCAAGAGAUGUAUUUACACACGACCAGAUUUAUGUUGCAUUGUCAAGAGUAACAACAAAAAAGGGAAUCAAAAUACUGAUACAUGAUGAAGAAAAGAAAUUCAAGGGGAAAACUACUAAUGUUGUGUAUAAAGAGGUUUUUAACAAUGUCUGA